UUCACACCACACUGCCAACUUCGCAUCAGCACUUCCUUCUACCAAGACGUCUCGUCAGACGGAGACGUGCUCCAAACGCUCUUAUAAAAGAAAUUGUUAAAUCUAUUGAAAUCCUUAUUCAUCGGUGCCUAUUUUCGGCUUAAAUAUGGUUCAAAAGAAGCCUAAGAAGAAGGUCGGAAAGAAAGUGGCAGCCGCCCCUUUGGCUGUGAAGAAGUCUGAACCCAAAAAGUUGGUGAAUCCUUUGUUCGAGAAGAGAACAAGGAACUUUGGAAUCGGUCAGGAUAUCCAGCCAACCAGAGACUUAUCCAGAUGCGUGAGAUGGCCCAAAUACAUCAGAAUCCAACGCCAAAAGAGCGUUUUGCAGAAGCGUUUGAAGGUCCCUCCACCAAUCAACCAGUUCACGCAGACUUUGGAUAAACAAACAGCUACACAGUUGUUCAAGAUUUUAGAAAAGUACAGGCCGGAGACUGCUAUUGCUAAGAAGGCACGUUUGCAAGCACGUGCUGAAGCUAAAGCCCAGGGCAAAGAAGACACACCCACGAAACGUCCAAAUGUUGUACGUUCCGGCACAAACACUGUCACAAAACUUGUUGAACAAAAGAAGGCACAGCUUGUCGUCAUUGCUCAUGAUGUGGACCCCCUUGAGUUGGUGUUGUUCAUGCCAGCCCUGUGCCGCAAAAUGGGUGUCCCCUACUGCAUAGUGAAAGGCAAGGCCCGUCUCGGAGCCCUGGUCCGCAGGAAGACUUGCACAUGUGUAGCACUAACCAAUGUUGACACAGGCGACAGAGUCGGUCUGAAUAAAUUGGUUGAGGCCGUCAAGACCAACUACAACGAUAGGCACGAUGAGAUCAGAAGGCACUGGGGCGGUGGUGUCUUGGGAUCUAAGAGCGCUGCCAGAAUUGCCAAGUUGGAGAAGAUCAAGGCCAGGGAAAUGGCACAGAAGCAGGGUUGAUGAAGUAGUGAUUGGAGAAAUAAAGAUAUUUAAGAUGA